AUGGGAACCUUUGCUGGUCAUUUGUACCCAGGGCUGUUUCUAGUCUUCUAUGGACUGUAUCAGGCAAUAGUGGUCUCCAAAGCUGCGAUAUUCAAUGACUCUCUCCUGUAUUCUUCAUGCCCUCUCAGGAAUAAGGGAAGAUGGGCCAGGCUGUGGAAACUAUCCUAUAGAGGUUUGUUGAAGAUGGUGACUGGCUCCCUCUUGAUAGCUUAUGAGAUCAGCUGUGUCACAGGAGGGUUGAAGCUGAUGAACAGGGAGCUGCCACCGAGAUUUAUGUACCCCAAACAGUGGCAGCACCUCACCAUGUUCAUCCUCCUCAGCCUCAAUGGCUGUGUAGAUGUCACGAGCAAGAACUUGCUGCCUCAGAGAUGUGUACUCCUAGAAAAAGGUACCCUGGUCCUGACCUUCUACGUGCUUCUGCUGCUGCUGGUGUCACAUGUUCAGGACUCAUCAGGGGUGGAGCUGCAGAUUCAUUCUCUGCUCAUCUUGGUGGUCUUUCUGCUGAUGCUGGUGUUGACUGUAGAGCUCUGGGCUCCCGACACAUCUUACCUCCUGAUGAUCGAGACCUUCCUCUUUCUCCUGAUGGGCUCCUGGCUGAUACAGGCAGCCUUCAUUCUGUACAGACCUGUCACGGGCUACCCAUGGCAGGACGAUGACAUCAGCGACAUCAUGUUUAUCACCACUUUCUUCUGCUGGCAUUUGAUGAUCAAUGCUUUGUGCCUGUUGGGAAUCUAUGGUGUCUCUUUCUUUUGGCAUCAUUGUCACAGUCCCAACUUGAAGCUCAUGGUGACUAAAGAAGCUCCAUAUGCCACGAGCACUGUAGGAUCCCUCUACAAAUUGCUGCAGGAAGGGGAGCAGGCAGAGAAAGAAGAACAGGCUCUUCUCCUUUCAAAGAGUUCGCCCUGAGACAGAACCUAGAUGCCUGGCACAUGGUCCACUCCAUCUUCCUCGUUGUGGGUUCUCCCAGACACGGCCAUUGUACCCUCUCUGGUCCCCAGAGAAGGUAACGGCCAUGAAGGAGAGCAGGUGGUCUCCCCAUCUGCUGGUACAUCUCCUGUCCCUGGAACCUCUAAUCGCUGAGGAGAUGAGGAGAGAGAGGCCUGAGAAAGGGACACUGAUGGGGUUUGCGGGGGGGUGGUGGUAGGGGACCAGGGGAAUAGGUAAGUGUGCAUGAAAAGCCCUGGUGGGAGAGAAUGCAAUAAAAGGAAAAAGAGUGGAAUCCAGCAGUCAUGCUGCCAACGGCUGCUUCUCCAGUCUUUUACUCCAAGAAUAAAGACUUCUCACAAAUCAAAAUUGUGAUGGUGGGUAUUUCUGUUUGCCUUCGAAAGUGACACCACCAUGUGGAAACAGAUAUAGUACAAUUCACUUUCCUACCUGGUUGAAGUGAUAAGAAUCUCAUAUAUAUUUUUUAAACUUGGGUAAAUUACCAUGUUUCAAAUUUUGCACAUAAAAUGAGAAUUAAUACUUUCAUAUUAAAAUUUUUCAAGUUUCCAUAAACCGAUUUUUACUAAAUGCUGUCACAUUUUUAUUCCUGACUUCUAAUCCAGCCAAAGCAAGGUGCUUAGCUACUUGUUUAACCACCGCCAGCCCCACCAGCAACUUACUACAUCUUAAUUUACUACGUCCUAACUUGUGCCUUUGCCAAAGGACAUGCUGUACAAUUUAGAAAAUGCUAUUGCCAGUCACAUAUUUACUGCACAGUGCUGUUUUCUACCCAGCAUUAAAUCUCCUUGCACUACUACCACCAAGAAAUACUCCUCCAGAAAAUUCUCCUCUACUUCUUUGAUCUGGAACUUUUCAGCAACUCUUCUAAAUCUGCUGUUAUUUUGUCCAUGCUGCUGUUAUACUCUGCUUUGUCCUGUUUCUCAUAUUGUCUUUCGUGGGGAGGUUUUGCCUCACCAACUGAAACAUAGGCUCCUUAAGAGCAGAGAAUUUGUUACAUCCUAGUUACCGAAUUUGCUCUGCGUGUUCCAGAGGAAUAAAACGUUGUCCUCUACGUGGUUGAUGUUUAAUAAAGUCUCUGCUUCCAGAGCCUUCCUUCCUGUCCCUCCCAAAGGUAACGUCUGACUGCGCCGUGAACCUUCAGGGAGGCAUCCACGGUCUAAAGUCUGAAUCAUCUAAGCAGCAGGUCCACUCUCUUCCUGGUCUGUGUGCAAAAUAAACUCCACUGGCCUGUUUAAAAUCGUUUCUCUGUAUAUCGUUGUUUAAUAUAUCUACAUAAGGUACACACUGUUGGCUUUCCGAAAGUCUCCAUCACUAAGGCUCCAAAGGGUUCAUUUGUCCAAAGACUCACUGCUGGUCAGAGACAUGGCAGCAACUUUAGCUGGUAGGUCUGAAAGUCAAGCCCUUGCUUCUGUCGUCUGGGUUGGAGUGACUGAUCCAGAGAAUAAAAUGGGUAGAAAGCGGGCAGCACAGAGACCUAGAGCGCAUGAGUAGAACAAUGCACUAUCCCACAUCCUUCUAAAGAGCAUGUGCACGUCACACUUCCUCUCUCUAUACCCCCAGGCUCACCGGGGUGUGGAAAGGCUGAGGGGCCUCCUCACGCCUGGCUGGGGCUUACAUUUCUGGGUACAGGUCAGAGUGGAACCUGGGACAACAUGUUCCUCUGACUAAGUAUUUCUAAUCCUCUUGUUUCUCCUAUUACACCUAGUUCCUAGGCUCUUUCUUAUUAUUUUUCUUCUGGGCUUGCAUUUUUUUAUUGCAAUUUUUAAAUACAGUCAUGGUAAAUGAUGAGGAAACACAGAAAACACUUCCUCAUUGCUCUUAACAAGUCUUUUGUGCCCAAGUUCUAAAUUGCUAAGCAAAUCUCUGAUAAUUAAUGAAUUUCUUCCAGUGUAACACAGUCGGCCCUCCAGCAUCCGUGGAUGCACCCACAGAUACAAAGAGCCUAAGACUCUUGAGCAUCUGACAACUUUGGUAUCCCUGAGGGGUCCUAGAACCAAUCCCCCACAGAUACUGAGGAAUGACUGUCCCUCAUAAAACAUAACUUCUGGGUAACAUACUUGCAUUUACAGAAACAUUCUUAAAUUAAAUGCACUCCCAAUAAAAAAAUUCUCAAUAUGACAAUUUAACAGAAUUUAAUUUUAACGGAACUCAGCAAAACUGUUCUAAAAUCUGGGAAAGAAAUACAGAGAGGAGUGCAGGUCUUUUUUUCCCUAGAAGUAAAAAUGAGGAAUAAAUUGCUUCAUCAGCUUUCAUAAUACUUUAUAAAUAUUCGAUAAUUAAAACUGUGGUGUUGGAAAGAACAAGUAUGAUAGGUUCAUAAAUCAACAUAGUGUAAUAUAAUAGAGACUCUAGAAACAGAAAUAGGUAGUGUAAGAAUUAAAUAUAUAUUAAGGAUGGACUCUUCAAUUAAUGUGAGGAAUAACUGGCUCUCCAUUUGGGGGAAUAAAAAUCCACUUAAUUUCUAACUCACAGAACUCAUGAAAAAAGAUUUAUAGAGCCUGCGCUGGAGGUCUAGUGGUUAAGAUUCAGGGCUGUCACUGCUGAGGCAGCUGGGUCGUUUCCCAGUUGUGGAACCACACCACCCAUCUGUCAGUUGUCACACUGUGGCAGUGGUUACACAGAGAACUAAACUAACAACUAGGAUAUAUAACCAUGCACUGAAGCUUUAAAAAAAAAAUUAUACGUGGAUUGAAAAGUCAAACAUGAGCAACAAGGCUGUAAAAAUGUUUUAAAGGAAAUCAAGGAAGAUAUUUUACAGCAGAAGACAUGAAAAACUUUCUUGAGCAAGAAAAAAAAACUCUGAAACGAUUACCCAUUUUAUUUAGAUAU